AUGAUGGGUUCUGGCAGUAAUGAAAUUGUGGAGUUGGAAGAAGAAAUGGAUUCUAAUUCUAAUGUCAAUGAAGAUACAUUAGGGAAGCCGUUGAAGAAAUAUUCUAUAGGGGAUGACAUCAAUAAACUAUUUGAGGCAAUAGACAUUAGGAGUUCUCGUCGAGGUGCAUGUCAAUCUGAACAAGGUGUUAGAGAUUCUUUACAUAAAAGUGCCAUGAAAAGGCCGAUGAGAGUUAGUCCUUCUCAUGCAUCAGGUAUUGGAAUCUCAGAAUCGGUGAGUCUGAAACAGGCUUUAAGAGGAUUAUGCAUCUCACAAGCAUCGGAGAUGGCUGCAGUAAAGAAGCGAUUGUCAAAACCAUCAGCUUCUCCGAGAGUCUUAGAAGAAGGAGCUGUCACGAGGUUGUACAGGGCUGUAGUAAUUGAGGCCGGUGAAUCUGGUCAACCCCUUGAUGAAGGCAAAGGAAAUGUGGUGGAGAUAUCCUUUACACCGGAAAGAAGCACAUCAAAUAUUUCAGACAAGACAUCUCAAUCUCGACAUUCAUCCAUGGCUGAAAUAUCUCACAAAAAUGCUCAGUCUUCUGAUCAUUCAGUAGAUGCAUUGAUACAGGAGUCUAAAAUAACAAAAAUGAUAACAAAGGAUGAGAAUGUUCCUUUUUCAACAAGUCAUUGUCUUGAAGUGUCAAAAUCUGAUUCAGAGCAAAAUAGGAAGUUGGAAUCUCCAUAUUCUUCAAUUGGCACUGUACAUGACAAGAAACUCCGGGCGUUGGAUGAGAUAGUUCCCAUCUCGGAUGAGGAUUCAAUCGCGUCAGGUGGGUUGCUCAAGGAGCAGGAAGGUGAGCUGCAUUCUACAUCUUCAUCAUCAACAUUUAAUGCAGGAAGCAAGAUCAUUAAACCUUCGAAUACAAGUUUUAGCAAACCACAUAUGAGAAGCCAAAACUUUGUCAAGAAGAAGAUUGUGUCAAAACAAAAUCCUGUUUCCUGCAGUCCCAGUUGCCAAACUAGUAAACUGGUGAAUCAGGUACCUGACUCUGUCCUGAAAAAUGGAUAUAAAGAAACGGAUAAAGUAUCACCAGCAUCAAGUACUAAUGGAAGUCUUGAAGUCUGUUCUACUGCACAUGGCCUUGUCAAAACUAGAAGUAUAGUGACAAAAGCUGAUGAAAGAUCAAGAUCAAGGGAAAAAGGGGACCUCUCUCAAAGCUCAAAAAGUAGCAUUGGAGAGUACAGUAGUACAACAAGCUAUAGCGAGGAAAGCCAUCUCAGUGGGUCUAGUCGCAGUGGCUAUCGACCUCACAUGUCAAAAGACUUGAGAUGGGAAGCCAUACAUUAUGCUCAGAAGCAGCAUGGAAGCUUGUCUUUGAAGCAUUUCAAGCUGCUGAGGAAGCUUGGUGGUGGAGACAUUGGCAGUGUUUACCUUUCUGAGCUUGUUGAUACAAACUGCCUCUUUGCCGUGAAAGUUAUGGAUAAUGAUUGUCUGGCUAGCAGAAAGAAGAUGCUGAGGGCUCAAACUGAAAAAGAGAUACUGGAAAUGCUGGAUCACCCAUUCCUUCCAACACUCUAUGCCCAUUUUCUGACAAAUAAGUUCUCGUGUUUGGUUAUGGAAUAUUGUCCUGGAGGUGAUCUGCAUGUGCUCCGGCAGAAGCAACCUACCAAAAGUUUCCCUGAGCAAGCAGCCAGGUUUUAUAUUGCGGAAGUUCUUCUUGCGUUAGAGUACCUUCACAUGCUUGGAGUUGUAUACCGAGACUUGAAGCCUGAAAACAUUAUGAUCAGAGAAGAUGGUCACAUCAUGCUUUCAGAUUUCGACUUGUCUCUUAGAUGUGCCGUAAAUCCUACAUUACUCAAGUCGUCUUCACCUGUUGUUGGGCCUCCAAAAAAGAUGUCUAGUCCGUGCUCAGAUUCUAGCUGCAUAGAGCCUUUCUGCCUCCAUCCAUCCUGGCAAGUCUCCUGUUUCACACCUGGGUUUUUAUCUGCUGCAGCAAAAACCCGUAAACUAAAAUCUGAACUAGCUGCCCAGGUCAUCCCGCUACCACAGCUUGUAGUGGAGCCUACCAGUGCGCGGUCCAACUCCUUUGUAGGAACUCAUGAAUACCUGGCUCCAGAGAUCAUCAAAGGGGAAGGUCAUGGGAGUGCUGUUGAUUGGUGGACCUUUGGAAUUUUUCUUUACGAGAUUUUAUAUGGUAAGACACCCUUCAAAGGAUCAACCAACGAGGAUACUCUAUCAAAUGUGGUAUCCCAAUGCCUCAAGUUUCCUGGAAGCCCUAUGGUCAGUUCUAAUGCUCGAGAUUUAAUCAGGAGGUUGUUAAAGAAGGAACCAGAGAAUAGAUUGGGUUACGAGAAGGGAGCAGCAGAGAUUAAGCGACAUCCAUUCUUUGACGGCCUGAACUGGGCUUUGAUACGAUGUGAAACACCUCCUGAGCUCCCUAGAGUCUUCGAUUUGGGAAACCUUAUCCCGGACACGACCUCUCAAAAUAAGAGUAACAAAUGCCAAACGGAAUGCGAAGAUACUGGAGAUGGUAUAGAAUUUGAGAUGUUCUAG